CACCCACAGUUAAAGGAACACCCACUCAAGCAGUGAAAGAGAAAAGCAAAAGCUAGCUCAAGUCCUCAAGAGCCUUCUUCUUUCGAGUGUGUACACCAAAGAGUGAGAGAAGCCCAGAAGAGUCUGUAGCUAGAACAAUGGCUGCCGCCGUCGGUGUUUGGUUCGCCAAGUUUGCCCGGGAGACGGCGCCGGCGGCCGAUGCCGAAGUCGUCGGCCGGCCUCACCAGGGCUGCGGCGACGGCAUGCUCGAGGUGGAGAGCGUGAAGAAGGGCGGCGCCCAGAUCCAGGAGAGGAGGAGGAGGAACAGCGGCGUCCUCUCCAACUCCGAGGCCACGGUGUGCCUGCUCAUGGACCGCUUCGCGCCGGCUUGACCUUGGCAUUGCCCAAGUCAGUGAUCGGGCUAGCUAGCUUACGGUUAAUACGUCCAGGACAGGACCGGCAGGCGAACACGUUCUGCCUGUGAAUCUCGUGGGUUGUGCUAUCUUGUACAUAACUCUCUUUUUUUUCAGCGCUUAACUGAGCAAUACUACUGCUUAUGCAAUCCCUUCUCCAGAUGAUUUACUACAUCUGUUCAUAAAUAGACGUUGAAAGUUUAUGUAAAAUUUGAAUGUAUCCAAACCCUCUUUAAUGUAGAGAUAUAUUCGAAUUUAGCCGAACCUUCCAACAUAUGGAGGGAGUAUACAUAACCAUGUGGGCUGUGGCUUGUUAAAUCAACGGCCGCACACAUCAUGUAUGGAUCUUUCCUUUGAAUGGAUUAUUUAAUUAACCGAAA